AUGAGUGGGAAUGGAGAUGGUGCGUGGAACCUGGCAUGUGAGUUGUCAGUUCGGGUGUUUUACUACAUUGCCCUUCUACCUACAUGUAUGACAUCAAUAUUCAUCAGUAAUUACGAUUAUGCCACCGUUAAUUCAAAGUUUGCUGAAUCCAUCUCUACCGUUCAAACGCGAAAUCCUGUGGUAUUGUUUCAAAUGGCUCCUGGAUUAGUUCGUAAUCCAAAAGCAAGAAUCAUACCAAAUAAUUCUCGGCAGAUUCUCAUGGAACACAUAACAAGAGGUUUAACAAGGAAUAAAACUCGACAAUCCGAGAAAACCGAAAUGGCAUCAAAUAAAGUGAAAAAGGGAUUGCCAAUAACAGAUGGUUCGUCUAUAAAAAGCAAAACUGUGAAUCCGACGUUCGAGGGAAACAUGCCAACUAAUCAGCCUCCUCAAACUCAUCAAAAGGAGAACACUCUUAUGCCAGAAGUUCAGACUCCUCAAACUCAACACAAGGAGAGCACUCUUUUGCAAGAAGUUCAGACUCCUCAAACUCAGCAACAAGAAUAG